GUCCAAAAUAGCGAGCAGCCACUCGUCGUCACCUCGCCCUGCCACAAUCGCAAUCUCUAUGCAUGCAUCAAUGGCGCGAUCGCCAAGAAUAGCACCCAUCUCUCGCUACAAGAACACAUCGACCAACGCGAAUGCUUACAGGCAGACGACGAGUCCUUGACAAGAUGAGCCCCACCGCCAUGGCGAACCACGCCGCCGUGCUCUGCCUGCUGCUCUUCGCCGGCCGCCUCGCCGCGGCGAGCAAAACGUUCAGCACCGCGGCGGCCACCGGUGGAGGCUACUCCACGCCGAGCGAGCCGGCGCCGUCCAGCCCGGCCGACUCCACCGCGCCCAAGGACGAGUCCUACGGCACCCCGACACAGGCGACGCCGUCGGAGUCUGUCCCGUCCACCGGGCAAUCCGAGACCCAGCCGUCUGGCGAGGGCUCCGCUUCCCCGGCCACCGACCAAACCUACGGCGGCGCCUCGCCGGAAUCUUCGGAACCCACGACCGGGCUGAACGAGAAGGCCAUCAACGACAUUGUCAACGAGCACAACAUCUUCCGCGCCAAGGAGCACGUGCCACCGCUCAAGUGGAACGCGACGCUGGCCAAGUUCUCGCAGCAGUACGCGGAGCAGCUGAAGGGGGAGUGCAAGAUGGUGCACUCGACGUCGCCGUACGGGGAGAACCUCAUGCUCGGCACGGGCGGCAUCACGUGGAAGACCACGGUGGACGUGUGGAGCGCCGAGAAGGAGAGCUACCACUACGGCCCCAACACCUGCGACCCCGGCAAGAUGUGCGGCCACUACACCGCCGUCGUCUGGAAGGGCACCACCGGCGUCGGGUGUGGACGCGUGCUCUGCAACAACGGCGACACCAUGAUCGUCUGCAGCUACUGGCCGCCCGGGAACUACGACGGCGUCAGGCCCUUCUAAUUUAUUCCAAUCCAU